AUGAAUUUUAAAAGACAAUGCCGUGAUAAAUAGGCAUGCUAUUAUCUUUAGUCCUUUUAAUUCUUAUAUCUAAAUAUCUUAUCCCGCAUUCCAAUUACGAUUAUAAAUUCCAGGUUUAGCAUUAAGCUAAUGUUACUCCAGGUCCUCCUAUUAAAGCCAUAGUCUAAUGAGUCCCAGGAAUAUUUAAAGUUGAAACAUAAUUACAGUCAUGAAUUAAAGAAAUCCAGUUUUUUGUGUAGGGAUGUAGAGUAAGAAAGUCUUACUAAGGUUAUUUAUCAGUUGAAAAAGAGCAUGUUUUAAUAUUUGGGAUAUAACAACAGGAUAAAAGCCCUUAAAAAAUAGUAUUCUGAUUAUUUUAUGAAUAACUUUUAAUAGUCUAUUGUUACAUAAUUUUUUUUAUUUUUUGUUAAAUAGCUUAAAUAAUAAUUUUAAUGA